AUGACCUGGAACUGCAGGGGUGCUGUUAAGAAACAGCUCAAAAGUACCUUUAGCAGAUUUCGUAGGAAGUUUGGGGUUGGUGUGGCUGCCAUCUUGGAGCCUAGAGUCAGUGGAAAUAAAGCUCUGAAUAUUAUUCGGAGUUUGGGAUUUAAUAAUUCUAUUAUAUCGGAUGCCCAUGGCUAUUCUGGUGGUAUUUGGGUGGUUUGGGAUCCGGUUGAUAUAAAUAUUACACUCAUUAAUAAACAGGAUCAAUUUAUCCAUGUUUGGGUUGAAUUUCCCGGUAAGGAAGGCUUCUUCUGGACAGCUGUCUAUGCUAGUACUCAUGAGGAAAAGAGGAAGCUGGUGUGGGAAGACCUGAAGCAUAUUGGGAGGACUAUGAAUGAACCUUGGAUGCUAUCAGGAGACUUUAAUGAAAUCAGAUCUGCCACUGAGAAGAAAGGAGGUUGUCCUGCUGAUCUUAGUAGAUGCAAGAAGUUCAGUGAUGUCCUGGAUGCUUGUGAGGUCUUGGAAUUGGGAGGUGGAGGCAAUCGGUUUACUUGGAAAGGCCCUAAAUUCAGUCAUUUGGAUAGAGUUUUUAAAAGGCUUGACAAAGUUGUGGCAAAUGAUGUGUGGAGAACCCGUUUUGAGGAUGCUGAGGUUUUGAAUCUUCCAAGGAUAUUUUCUGAUCAUUGUCCUAUUCUAGUUAGAUUGUAA